AUGGGGGCAAAGUGGAACAGAUCAGAACUGGAGAAGCUGCGAUCGUGGGUGGCAGAGCAUGACAAGAAGGGUACCAAAUGGUCGGAAAGAGAGAAGAGGUGGAAAAAAGAGCAGGGUACGCCAAGAUCCGCCGCGGCAAUCCGUGCGCAAUUCCUUCGUUUGAGCCAUGGUUGGAUACCCAAGUGCAUGAUCGACCAAGCGCAGUCGUCGGAAUCAUGUGAUCAGGCGCCGACUCCUCCUUCUCCACAAUUUCGGCACAGGUGGUGGCAGCUUCGAAGAAAAUGCGCCUCCUAUCCCACCCGCUUGCCUCGCAAGCAGCGUCGGUACCGGGUAAAUUUGUUUGGCAGUGUUAUCAAGUCCUUCAGAUCGACGGCGCGACGCAGUUCUUCGCCACCCGUAUCCACACUAAGCCGGCAUUCCACAACCCCACGAGUCGAGCACUCCACAUCCCUUCCAGUCCAGCAUCCUGUAGAAGGCACACCAAGAAGUUUGGAGAAAGUGCUUCCGCCUUGUGAUGACGUGUCCAGAUUACAGUCUUGCCUCGAAUUCUCUUCAGAUGUGGCUUACCGACUGCAUAACACAUCGAUGAAGGAGAUAGCCGCAGCAAUUCGCGGCGAACCUACCACUGGUGCUACGCUGAUGCCCGGCUUGUGA